UAUUUAUUGUAGUUGUAGUUUGCUUAUAUCAAAAUAAUUACACAAAACUUACGAGAGAGAGAAAAAAUUGGUGUUGCCACCAAAAGGCGAAAAAGUUCACCAAUUAUCUCCAAACAAUCUUAUAAUACUAUUAUUCAUCAUCAAUCAAUCAAUUCAACUUACUUACCAUUCAAUUGCAUAACCAGAGUACAUUACCCAUCCACAUCCACAAAGAGUAAUUAACCAUAUCUGUGAACCACUCCCUACGAAAGCCAACCAUACAAUACAUAUCCACAUACAUAAUCAUAUCUAAUAAUGUUUUUAACAAGAAGUGAAUAUGAUAGAGGUGUAAGUACAUUCUCACCAGAAGGUAGAUUAUUCCAAGUUGAAUAUUCAUUAGAAGCCAUUAAAUUAGGAUCUACUGCCAUUGGGAUCAGUACUAGUGAAGGAGUGAUAUUAGGAGUUGAAAAAAGAGUUACAUCAUCAUUAUUAGAACAUUCCUCCAUUGAAAAAAUCGUUGAAAUUGAUAAACAUAUCGGAUGUGCCAUGAGUGGAUUAACUGCUGAUGCCAGAUCUAUGAUUGAUCAUGCUAGAGUUUCAAGUUUGACUCAUAAUUUAUAUUAUGAUGAAGAAAUUCAAGUUGAAAGUUUAACUCAAUCAGUAUGUGAUUUAGCCCUUCGAUUUGGUGAAGGAGCUGGAGGUGAAAAAAGAUUAAUGAGUAGACCAUUUGGUGUGGCUCUUUUAAUCGCUGGUAUAGAUAAGGAUAAAGGUCCUCAAUUAUAUCAUGCUGAACCAUCGGGUACGUUUUAUAGAUAUGAUGCUAAAGCCAUUGGAUCUGGUUCUGAAGGAGCUCAAACUGAAUUACAAAAUGAAUAUCAUAAAUCUUUAACUUUAAAAGAAGCUGAAUUAUUAGCUUUAAAGAUUUUAAAACAAGUUAUGGAAGAAAAAUUGGAUUGUAAAAAUGCUCAAUUAGCAAGUGUUACAGCUGAUGGUGGAUUCCAAAUUUAUAGUGAUGAAAAGACAGAUGAAAUUAUUAAAGAGUUAAAUGAACAACAAAUUGAUGAUGAUACUACUACUGCUGCCGCCGCUGCUGAUGCAACUUAAGUCUACCUUUUACAUACAUGUAUACAUAUACUUCUAAAUAAAUAAAUAAAUAAAAUAAAAAAAGAUUAUAUUAAAAA